GACUCGGACCACUGUCAAAUGUUCACAGCAUCUGGAUCUUGUACCUGCAGUCUCUGAUGGCGGUCAGCGAUCCAUCAUGACAUGCAAUGUUGGGAUCCUCCCAAGAUCUCAUCUUGACAUUGUACCAAGCCUACGAUAUCCAGUGAGUACAUGGAAGCAAUGGACAGCGUGAAUAACUUGCAUCCAGUGCUUCAUUCUCGGCGUUCAUCUUCUCAGCAACCCGCCCAGCGCAUUUCCCGUGAAACACUGAAAUCGUGCCACGCCUCCAACAGCUUGGAAGCUGACCCAGAAUUUUUCCGCAUCAGAUGCAUUCGAGACUGUCUGACAUCUCCGAUAUGGACUAGCAAAUGCGACCAUACGGGCUCGCGAAGGCAUCCGACGACUUAUAAAAUGGCAUCGUGCAUUGACGGAUCCUCAGCCCCCCCGGACUCAUCCCAACUUUAGUCAAAUCUUGGUGCUGGUUGCCUUGAUUCCUUCAUUCAUUCUUGUCUUACUUUUGUUGCAGCUUUCUUUCGUCUUUCCCUCAACGAAGUUUUUACGAUCUAUUUUCGCUUAUCAUCAUUUUCAUCUACGAUGCAUUUCUCUUCCGCUGUUGUCCUUGCAGUAGUUGCUGCCUCAAGCUUGCCUGCAUACUCGAUUCCUGUCGAGCGAGACGUACCUUUCUCUGACAUCGAAGCGCGAGGCUUCUCCGAAUUCGUUCAAGGCGUGGGCGAUAAGAUCGAAGGGGCUGCCCAUAAGCUCAAGGACUUCUUCCACCACAGUUCCAGCACAACCACUCCUGCUCCUGCUCCUGCUCCUACUGCGACUUUCCUCCCUUCUGACCCCUCAGAUAUCCCUGUUGACCCUACUACCGAUUUUCCUGCUGAUCCUUCUGGCAAUUUCCCUGUGGACCCUUCAUUGGAUCCUUCAUUGGAUCCUUCAGUUGCCCCAUCUCGUCGAGAUCUUGAGGCACGUCGCCGUCGAACAGGCGGUGCCAGCUCAGGAAGCCGAUUCUCCGGUCAAGACAUUGCUGAUAUAUUUGGUACCGUUGGUACUGUUGCAAGUACUGGAAUCAACGCUGCUCAACAAGCACAGCAGAACCAACUCCUGACUGACCAGCUUGUCCCUCUGAACGCCCAAGGGCUUCCCGACGGAUCUCUUGUUCGUCGAUUCUUUGAAGAGCUCGAGGCGCGCCGUGUGAGGACAGGUGGCCGUACAGGCAGUCGAUUCUCAGGACAAGACAUUGCACAGAUCUUCGGAACUGUGGGUGAUGUAGUGAACACCGGUGUCAAUGCUGCUCAGCAAGCGCAGCAGAACCAAAUCCUUGCGUCCCAGGUUGCGGCGCAAAAUGUCGCCCCUGUUGCUAGACGUGGCUUGGAAGCUCGCUUAUUCAGGACCAGACCUUCAACUUCCAGCUCGGGCUCGCGUGGCCAGCACAUUGCGGACAUCGUUGGCACCAUUGGCACUGUUGUGGGUACUGGUAUCAACGCCGCUCAACAACACGAGCAGAACCAGCUUAUCCAGCAGCAACUCGCCGCGCAACAAGCUCAGAACGCUGCGAUCGCCGCUCAACAAGCUCAACUGUUCACCCCGCCUCCCGUUGACCCCUCUGUCACUGAUCCCUCUGUAAGCGAUCCAACUGCCACCGCCCCAACUGCCACCGACCCUGCCACUACCGACCCUGCUACUACCACCGACACUCCCGCUCGUCGGUGGCUCCAGGCUCGCGCUGCUAGGACUUCUGGAUCGUCCGGUUCUAGGCUCGGUCACGUUGCCGAUAUCCUUAGCACCGUCGGCGGCGUUGUCAACACUGGUAUUAAGUACGUCGGAACUCUCUUGAUCCCCUUCAUGAGGAGCCAUACUCACGUCUCACCCCAUAGCGCGUUCACUCAAGCCCAGCAGAACCAGCUUCUUGCCGCUCAAAACGCUCAGUUCGGCGGAGGCUUCAACACGUUUGGGACCGGUGCCUUGCCCCAAACGUUUGUCCGCCGUGACCUUGACGAACUCGACUAAAUCCCAGUGCCCAUGUUCUCUGAGUUGUGCUGUGCAAUGAAACGCAGCCUCGUCAAAAGUGGAAUGAUGAGAGUAAUAGUUCGUAAUCCUAAUGUCUGUAACUUAACAAGAUGGAAUGUAUUACUUUCGGGGGGCUGAGCUCAUAACAUGCCUUAGUCGUUGGCGGUGUGC